AUGACGCCGAACCAGUCGUCAGCCUCAUGCGCCCGAAUUCCCCCUCCUUCUCUCCUUAUAGAGAAUCUAUGCAAAGCAAUACCUCUCAACACAAGUAAAGAAGAGAAACAAGACACCUACCCCAGCUCACCAUCUGGGAACAAUCUGAAGGCAUUCUCGCCACACAGUCCGCGAUCUCUCAGAGAUUACCUCUGCAGCCCGAACCAGGGCGAAGUAUCUUCCGUUGAUCUUCACACUCCUCCUGCCGACUCUCAAAGCACCAAGCUCGAUGUUGGAGAUGGGCGUGAAACCAGACUCAAACACAGCAUCGACACCCAAGUCAAUCGACCUCGGGAGUAUCACAAGCCCUACACUAGCCACCGAUCUCAGUUCACCAUUCCAGAGCGCAAGCCCGGAUUCAAGCUGCUAGAGACAUGGCAUGAGGAAUCCAACUAUCCUUGCAACAAAAAUUAUCCCGAACAUAACGACCUCGUCUUUAAGCCUAGAGUCCUCGCUAAGCAGAUCGAUCCCGAGAUACCUCUAUCCCUACACAAGUGGCAUAGCGAAAUCAACUUUCUCGAACCACUCGCUCUUGAAGCAGAUAUUCGCCAAGAGUAUGCUGUUCAUGCUACCUACAAGAAGCGCCAUCACGAUGCUGGUGUCAAAAAGAUCAAUGAUGAGAGACAGGCCACUGCGGAACGGGAGGCUGUCAAGAUGCUCGACUGGAACACUCCAAUCGAAUUCCAUGAUGUGCCCCGCCACGUACAACAAGCAAUAUACGACGACAAGGUUGAAGUUGCCGCUUUGACCAGAAAGAUCGCCAUCCGCGAUGGAUGUAUCGAAGGCAUGAUUGCUGGAGAAUUCACAUUUCACCCGGAUACUUCUCACUUACCACUUACCGAGGACCAGACGGCGGUUCUUCGUGAAGCUGAGAGUUUUCAGGGGCUGUUCGCGCUGGGAGAGGUUAAUGAAGAAGAAGAUCAAUAUGACAUUCUUCAGAAGACUUCAAAGAAGGUCAAAGCCCCCAACAAGUCUUCUACUUCCAAGUCUUCGAAGUAUGAUCGGUGGCUUAAAGAGCAGUCAUCCAAUACCUGUCCAGCGGCUAAGUGGCUUGCUGACGAGGCGGCCUUCUCGAAGAAAAAGGCACGCAAUAAAGCCUUUUCCAAGCAGGUCAAACACCACUUCCCAACUUUCAACUCACCCCACCUGAAAGAACUCCCCAAGGCCGUGGACACCAACAAACUUGAAUGGGAAACCGACUAUUUCCCCUAUAUACUCCCUGAGACUGACCAUGACUCUGAGCGUCACAAUAUGUACGAAACCCCUGUUAAGGUUGAUGUCCCAAAAUGGUUCCCGACCUUCACCAGCUAUGGUGUUGUCCCCAUCAACCGCCGAAACAGCAUCGAGAAGCAGUACAAAGAGUUCCUUACCCAGAUCUGGAGACUCGAGAACCAGAUACUCAGCAAGAAAAACAACAACAACAACAAGUGGGAUAAGAAAUGGCACGAACCCAGCUCUCGCUGGUCCGAACCUUUCCAGAAGAAGAGCGGUCAAGAAUGGGUCACAUUCGAGAAGGCCGUGCCGCGCGAUCUUGUCGAGCAAGAUGUGGUUUCUGGGGAAUUCAGCUUCGAUGAUGUUUUCGACAUGGACGGUAGUGAUGACAACAAAGCCAUUGGUACGAAAAAGCCCGAAAUUUAUCUCAAGGAGAUCGAAGCGGCUGUGAAGAAGGCCAUUGCGAAGGCUGGUGGUAUAUGA